UGCAGCAUUUCCGCAAGAGCGACCCUCAUAAAAUAUACCAACGCUCUCCGUGAUGUCAAAAGACGCCGUUUGGGUUCUCUUCCUGGUCACCAGCUUCCAAUGCCUUCUUCUCUCCGCCGAGACCCACCCGGCGAUCCUUCUCCCAAAUCAUUAUAAUCGUAACACGCCGGUGACUUGCCCCGCGCCUAACCCCAACCUCUACUACCAGCCGGUCAUCGGAAUCGUCACCCACCCAGGCGACGGCGCUACCGGCCGCCUCAGCAACGCCACCGGCGCUUCCUACAUCGCCGCCUCCUACGUUAAAUUCGUGGAGGCCGCCGGCGCCCGAGUGGUUCCCCUCAUCUAUAACGAGCCAACGGAGAAGCUUUUCAAGAAGCUCGAAUUGGUAAAUGGGGUCCUCUUCACUGGUGGUUGGGCAAAAAGUGGAUUAUAUUUUGAAACUAUUGGAAGAAUAUUUAAGAAAGCGUUAGAGAAGAAUGAUGCCGGAGAUCAUUUCCCAAUAUAUGCGAUCUGCUUAGGUUUCGAACUUAUAACAAUGAUCGUCAGCAAGGACAACAAUAUUCUUGAAGAGUUUUGUGCAUCAAAUCAGGCAUCUACUCUUCAAUUUGUAGAGAAUGCAAAUAUCAAAGGAACUCUAUUUCAAAGAUUUCCUCCAGACUUGUUAAAGAAGUUGAGUACCGAUUGUCUUGUCAUGCAAAAUCAUCGUUAUGGCAUAUCCCCAGGAAAGCUUCAGGGAAAUCACAAGUUAUCUAGUUUUUUCGAGAUCUUGACAACUUGCGAGGAUGAAGAUGAUAUGGUUUAUGUUUCAACAAUGCGUUCACGUAACUAUCCAGUGUCUGCCUUCCAAUGGCAUCCAGAGAAAAACGCCUUUGAAUGGGCCUCAUCGGAAAUUCCACACACGGAGGAUGCCAUUCAGAUAACUCAGUAUGCUGCCAAUUUUUUGGUCAGUGAAGCUAGGAAAUCCAUAAACAGACCAGUUGCUCAAGAAGUACGUGACAAUCUUAUUUACAAUUACAGUCCCACUUAUUGCGGGAAGGCUGGGAAAGGAUAUGAUGAAGUUUAUAUAUUUGCACCAGUCUAAAUGCUGGAGAAAUCAGCCAAUAAUAAUAACAUACAUGCAUGUAUGUAUGAUGCUUAUUAUGAUGUAACGUUGUGUGAGUAAUAAUCAUUGUUGUUAUUGCUAUGCACAAAAAUGAAAAUAAGAUACCAUUGUUCCAAAAGCUA